CAAGGUGAUUCUUCCUGUAUUGCUACAUUAGCAGUGUGUGUGGGGAAUGCAAAGAGCAGAGCACGCCUGAGGUUGCUGCACAGAACUUUGACUUUCCACAUUUUUUGCAGAAGCAAGCAAGAGGAUGAGGAAAGAAGUGGUACUGAUGUUGACCCUCAUCUGGACAUGGGCAGCGAAUUCUCAGCAGCUUGAAAUAGAAGCCAACAAUGAACACACCAGUCCCGGAAACCUCAAGUGUCCCAGCCCAUGCAUCUGUAGUUUUGAUGACUGGAACGAUGAACUGAGUGUCUACUGCAGCUUGCGGAAGCUCACAAGCCUGCCUGAAAAUGUACCUAGAGCGGUAAGGAUGUUGUGGCUGGAUGGCAACAAUUUCACUUCCUUGCCAGCUCUGGCUUUCAGGAAUUUCUCUGGCCUGGAAUUUCUCAAUCUGCAGGGUAGUCAGUUGAGAAGUAUUGAACAACAGGCCUUCCACGGCUUAGAAGGAUUAUACUCCUUGCUCCUUGAACGCAACCAGUUGAAGUCGUUGGCACCAAACAUCUUCUUCCAUCUGCAGAACCUGGCUUCGCUUCAUCUUAACAACAACCAAUUCAACAAGAUUGAAGAAGGCAUCUUCGCUGGACUUUGUAACCUCUGGUAUUUGAACCUCGGCUGGAACUCCUUGGUGGUUCUACCAGACAAAGUGUUUCACAGUCUACCCAACUUAAGGGAAUUAAUCCUGGCUGGGAACAAGCUACACUAUCUGCAGCAUCAGCUGUUCUACAGCCUCAGUGAAUUGAGAGAAUUGGACCUCAGUGGAAAUUCACUCAAGGGCAUUAAAGGCAACAUCUUCACCAGGCUUCAGAAACUCCAGAAGCUCUACCUGAAUCAUAACCAGAUCAAUGCCAUUGCCCCACGAGCCUUUGUGGGAAUGAAGUCACUGAGAUGGUUGGAUCUGUCACAGAAUCGCCUCACCACACUUUUUGAAGAUACGUUCAUGGGACUUUCAGGCCUGCGUGUUUUACGUCUCUCCAGCAAUUCUAUCACAGCCCUGGGGCCAAGAAUAUUCAAAGAUCUUUUGUCACUAGAGGAACUGCAACUAGGAAACAAUGCCAUCCGAGGUUUGCUGGAAAGGGGAUUUGACAAGCUGGGUCAACUGGAGGUCCUUGCUCUAAAUGACAACCGCAUUCAAGAGAUCCGGGCUGGAGCAUUCCUUGGGCUUUCUAAGGUGGCCGUGAUGAACCUUUCUGGGAAUUGCCUCAUGACCAUUCCGGAUUUCACCUUCAGGGGGCUUAGCCAAUUGCAUAGCCUCCACUUGGAAAACAGCUGCCUCAGUAGGAUCAGAUCCCAAAUGUUUUCAGAUCUUUCCAGCUUACGGAGGCUCUUUUUGCAACACAACACAAUCUCUGUGAUUGAAGAUCACAGCCUCAGCAAUCUGCGUGAUCUUCUCGACCUGGAUCUGAAACAUAACCAGCUGAGCCGGCUUUCUUCUAAUCCAUUUGCAGGUCUCCAGAACUUAGAAUACCUUCUUCUUUCUUCCAAUCAGUUGCUGGAAAUCUCUCCUGAAGCCUUUGCCCCGCUUCUGCGCCUGUCCUGGCUUGAUCUCUCAAACAACUGUCUGGAAACCUUGGACAGCAACAUCUUCCAAUCUUUUUCCAAACUAGAAUAUCUGAAUGUCAGGAACAAUUCACUAAGAACCUUCCCUAUGAGUUGGCUAAGAUCUUCACCUACCCUCAUCCAACUUUGGUUGGAAGGGAACAAAUGGCAGUGUAACUGCUCCCUGAAAGAACUCAGAAAUUUCGCUCUGCAGCAUCCCAACGUGGUUCUACGUUACACACAAUCUAUCAUGGAAGGGGAUGCCCCUGUAUAUGCCUACAACAACAUCACUUGCCUUAGCCCAGAAGAAGUUGCAGGACUUGACCUUCGGGACAUCCAAGAAAGUCAUUUUGCUGAUUGCUAACCGCUGGCCUUCAACUUGUCUAUCACUCCCACUGCAAAAAAAGAAGAGUGUUUUCUGUUAACUGGUACCAGAAAAUCAUGGGAUCUACUAUUUGACUAUAUCCUUCUUAGUUAAAUCAUGUGGGAGGCUUGAACUUUUUCUUAUGUCAUGAAGGGGGGCAUGGAAAGCUUUUAUAUGGUUUCUUUUCUAGAAGGAGCAACAAUGAGGAAAUCUGGUGGCACCUUGAAGACUAAUAAAUUUUAUUUGGCACAAGCUCUUGCAGAGUGUAGUCCACUCUACCAGAUGGAUGGGUUGUUGCCUCAGUGGAUGCGUUAUUAUAGACAUGCAUGUAUGGGUGAAAUCAUUGAAAUCAGAGUGUAUCAAAAUGCAAGGAGUAAUCAUCACCUUAAUACAGUAGUGGUCAUUUACAAACAGUAGUUGGGAUAUAACACAAAUAUCCAGUGAUCUGGUUUCAUCAUAUGUUGUGUGAAAAAAAAAUCUUUGGUCCUUAUUCAAGCCUACGGAUACAUAGUUGAACUCUUGUUAAAUUCCUCUUAGCUGUUUUGCAGUUGAAUCUGUCAUUUAAAGAGGUAUCCCCACUAUAGACGUGUGCAUGUGA